CCCUUUGUGCCCGCGAACAUGGCGGCGGCCACGGUUGCAGCCCCGGGCAGAGCUCUGCGGGCGGGCGCUGAGCGGCUGCUGAGAGGAGGAGUCUGCGAGCUACUUAGGCCCCGACGUGAAGGGGGCACCCCCGGCCUGGAGCGUGACUUCAGCCUCUCUCAAAAUCGGGGCACGGUCAUCGUGGAGCGCUGGUGGAAGGUGCCACUGGCCGGGGAGAGCAGGAAGCCGCGCCUGCACCGGCGACACCGCGUCUAUAAGCUGGUGGAGGACACGAAACACCGGCCAAAAGACAAUCUGGAGCUCAUCCUCACUCAGUCUGUGGAGGAACUUGGAGUCCGGGGUGACCUGAUCUCAGUGAAGAAAUCUGUGGGCCGUAAUCAACUCCUGCCUCAGGGACUGGCUGUAUAUGCAUCCCCUGAAAACAAGAAGCUCUUUGAAAAGGAGAAAUCGCUGAGACAAGAGGGAAAAUUAGAGAAGAUCCAAACCAAGGCAGGUGAGGCGACAGUGAAAUUUCUGAGAAGCUGUCACCUGGAGGUGGGGAUGAAGAACAAUGUCAAAUGGGAACUGAACCCUGAAAUAGUUGCCCGCCACUUCCUCAAGAAUCUUGGUGUUGUGGUUGCCCCACAUGCAUUAAAGUUACCAGAAGGGCCUAUCACACGGUGGGGCGAGUACUGGUGUGAGGUGACGGUAAAUGGGCUUGACACUGUGAGAGUGCCUAUGUCUGUGGUGAACUUUGAGAGGCCCAAGACUAAAAGAUACAAGUACUGGUUAGCCCAGCAAGCUGCCAAGAGCAUGGCCCACACCAGCUCCCGGGAGAUCUGAACCUGCUCUCUCUUAAAGAUAAGCAAAGCAGAAUCAGAAGAGCAGUGGAACAAAAAUAGACCAGCACUCUGAUCCCAAUCUCAGCACUGACCAAAUAUGGAAUUUUAGAGAACAUAUAGAGACAUCAGACUGAACUGCAUAUACAUGUUGAAUUCUUCACGUUUGCCAUUUCCAUCUUCAACUGUCAUGAUAUCCAGCCUUAUUGGGGCAGUCCUGCUCAAGAAGUACCAGAUUUGAUAAGCUGGAUAUCAGUGGACUGAAACAGUCCAGAUUCUGUUUCGCCUUUCUCUCCAUUGGAGUUCAUUGGAACAAAAGGAAGAGCUAGCCAUUGUCUCCAGUACUUGGCUCAUUCUCAUCAUCCAAACAGAACAUUUGUAUCUCAAGCAAAAAUAAAGAGGUUGUGUUCUUUUUA